GGGGGGAGCCGCAAAACCUCGAACUUAAAACUUACACUCACUAUUUUCUUCGAAAAUAUACGUGAGUUCCACAAAAAGAAAAGAAAAAGAAAACAGACAAAAAGAGAACGAAUUAAAUAUGAACUUCACAAAUAGCUAUUUAUCUAUUCAUUUGUCUCUAUAAUAAAACUACAUAGAUUAUGUUUCAUAUGAGAUAUCUAUUCAGUUUCAUUCUCUUACAUUUCAUUUUUGCUACUCCACAAAUCAAUCUUCAUUAUACAGAUUGGCUAAAUGAAAAUGAAAUUAAUACUGUAUUAUAACACAAUUGUUUGCGUGUUGCUGCUUCUAUUGAUGAAACAAAUGUUAAUCAUCAAAUUAUAUCUUAUUGUAUCAAUGAAUUGCCAUCAAAAUUUCAUAUAGAAGACAAUGAUGUCUUUCCAAAGUUUACAUUUGGUGAACUUUCGAAAUUGAGUAUUACUAGUCAACAAUUAUAUCUUUGGUCAGCACCGAUCGAUCUUGUUGAACGUUAUCAAUUCUAUUUAAAUCAAUUAUUAACAUUCAAUGCUAUAUCUCUCGAAAAACAAGUUUUCUAUAAUUGUACACUACCAAGAUUUGGUUCUAUGUGUCAAUAUGAAAUUAUUUAUUAUCAUUCAAAUCAUUCAUCUUUAUAUGAAAUGAUUCGUGAUUAUUAUCUUUUAUAUGAAUAUAAUCCUACUAAUUUCACCUGUUAUACUCAUUUACAAUGUAAUCGUGGUCCUUUUCCAGUAUGUUUAAAUUGGAGUGAAAUAUGUGAUGGUGAUAAUGAAUAUCGAUGUACCAAUGGACAAUGUAUACCACAGUCAUUUUUUCGAGAUGAUAUUAAUACUCCUGAUUGUCUUGAUGGUUCUGACGAAGUUCCAAAAUAUGGUGGAGCAUUGACCUACUGUAAUAAAGUCAUGCCAUCAUUUGAUUGUGAAGAAAGGAUAUGUCAGUAUACUUUCGUGACAAACUCUUGUGUCACAACGCAAAACCUUACUAUUGAAAGCAAUCUAUUCUACUAAAGACAAUUCGAUAUCUGAACAAUGUUGGUCAGCAUUUAAAUGUCUCUUGGAAGUAUCUGGCUCAGAAAUUCCAUUGUGCACUAAUAUUUGUCAAAAAUUCGCUUGUGUUGAGAUCAUACAAAACACAUGUCCGGAUAUGUUUUACAUUCCGAAUGUUCCGAUUUUUUUUGGUCACAUUUACCUUGCACACACAAUAAAUGAUUCAUUAGCUUUGGCCAAUAGACAUUUCGCACCACCUUAUGUAUGCUAUAACAAUUCCCUUUAUGAUGAGUAUUUUAUUGAUUGCCUAAAAAUUUCUUUUAAAAAUAGAACAUGUUUUCGUCCUCCUGUGCUAGGGUCUCAUAUGACUUUGGCCACUGCGUGGGAGCCAAGAUAUCAUAAGUCGUUAUUACAACUACAUAGAGACUUAAGGAAAUUUAGCCUAAUUAUUAACUAUACUGCUACAAUUUGUAAUACACCAAACAUGUACCAGUGUUUGAAUUCGAUCAAAUGGGUGUGGGUGUGGGUGUGGGUGUGGGUGUGGGUGUGGGUGUGGGUGUUGGUGUGGGUGAGUGUGGGUGGGUGUGGGUGUGGGUGUGAGUGUGUAUGUGGGUGUGCAUGUGCGUGUAGCUUGCGCGCAUAAAGUACAUCGACACUGCGCACCCACCCACACCCUCGCUCUGUUUCCCCGCGCAAACGGUGCACAUCUCUACCGCACACUGACACUUCGCCCACAUUCUCAUUUCUUACGAUUCUUUUUGAUUCUUGGUUUUUUUCUUUGAAAUAAUCAUCAGCUUUUUUUCUCCGUUCUGUUGUAUCGCUUAUAUGAGUGCUUACAGCCAUCCACGCUAGUAGCAGGUUUUUUCCUGUUUAAAUGUUGAUCGAGCAUUUCUGUGAAAAAAAGCUUUUCGUUACGUUUCGAAGAAAGAAGCAAACGGCCUGUCGUUAUUUUCUACGUUCACAAACAGCUUGUAAAUUUACUUUUGAUAUUCAACAAGAAGCGUUAUCUGUUGGAAAGCAUAUAAACGAAGGUGAGUGUACUACAAUCUAAGUAUGCUAAUUAUCACAGCAAUAUAGGUGACUUUCGAUAAAUUUUUCAAAAGCCAUUGUGGAGCGGUACAGCAAUGUCAUGACAGCUUUAGAAUCUAGCUGCGUUCUGGUAGCCCCGAGUUUUCGAUGGCUACGAUGGUGGCAGAAGCUGAUUCGUGACCACGAUGGACGUAUCUAAUGCAUUAAAUCAUACUUAUUCCUCAUUAUAUUACAAGUAACGCUCGUCUGCAGACUCGCUUAGCUCUUUCUCGUAGAAAUAGUGCGCCUAGGAUCUCGACAAAUCAUUUAUUCACAAUGCUUUAUGGAGUUUAGGUUUAUCAGAAAAACAUGCCAUCAUAAAUCAGUGUUUUUAUUUUUUUUACUACAUAUUUGAUUAUGAAGAAUAUACAAAUAAUAUUGCAGUCAUUUUGUUGCGUCAGUAAUCCCAGGUACUUCAUGCAGUCUUUGUCAUCCACCCACUUAAUUUUCUCGCAUUAGCUUUUGUGGAACGCACGUAUAUUUUCGAAGAAAAUAGUGAGCGUAAGUUUUAAGUUCGAGGUUUUGCGGAUCCCCCCCCCCCCCCCCCCCCCCCCCCCCCCCCCCCCCCCCCCC